AUGGCGGCUUCUUCCUUACAAUUCACUACAACAACUACUUGCGAUCCACUUUUUCAUUCACAAAAAUUACCCAAACACGCCGCUAAAUGGGGUACAAUCCGCUGCUCCGCUACCACACAAAGCAAAAGCUACAACAUCACUCUUCUUCCUGGUGAUGGUAUUGGUCCUGAAGUCAUUUCUGUUGCCAAAAAUGCCCUUCAACUUGUUGCGUCCCUCGAAGGAUUUGAAGUAGCAUUCGAAGAGAUGCCUAUGGGAGGGGCUGCGUUGGAUGCUGUAGGGGUGCCAUUGCCCGAUGAGACUCUUAAGUCUGCAAAGCAAUCUGAUGCUACUCUUCUUGGGGCAAUUGGAGGAUAUAAAUGGGACAAUAAUGCAAAACAUUUGAAGCCCGAGACCGGAUUGCUGCAACUUCGAAAAGGCUUGCAGGUCUUUGCUAACUUGAGACCAGCCACUGUGUUACCACAGUUAGUAGAUGCUUCAACUUUGAAGAAGGAAGUUGCUGAAGGUGUUGACCUAAUGGUUGUUAGGGAACUUACUGGAGGUAUUUAUUUUGGCAAACCAAGAGGUUUCAGCACUGAUGAAAAUGGUGAGGAAAUAGGUUUCAACACUGAAGUGUAUGCAACAUAUGAGAUCGACAGAAUUGCUCGUAUUGCAUUUGAAACUGCGAGGAAGCGUCGAGGGAAACUCUGUAGUGUGGAUAAAGCGAAUGUUUUGGAGGCUUCCAUGCUCUGGAGGAAGAGAGUUACAGCAUUAGCCUCGGAGUAUCCUGAUGUAGAGCUGUCUCACAUGUAUGUUGACAACGCAGCCAUGCAACUUGUUCGCAAUCCAAAACAGUUUGAUACAAUUGUGACAAACAACAUAUUUGGUGAUAUCCUGUCCGAUGAAGCAUCAAUGAUUACAGGAAGUAUCGGGAUGCUUCCAUCUGCCAGUCUUGGUGCAUCGGGACCUGGAUUGUUUGAACCUAUACAUGGUUCUGCUCCCGAUAUUGCUGGGCAGGAUAAAGCAAACCCUUUGGCAACAAUGCUCAGUGCUGCUAUGCUUCUGAAGUAUGGCCUAGGUGAGGAGAAGGCUGCUCGGAGAAUUGAAGCAGCUGUUUUAGACACCUUAAAUCGAGGAUUCCGUACUGGUGACAUUCACUCAGCAGGACAUAAAUUGGUCGGCUGCAAGGAAAUGGGCGAAGAAGUGCUCAAAUCUAUCGACAGCAAAACUCCUGCUGCUGUUUAA